UGCAGGUACCGGUUGUUGUGCACAAGUGUUUUUCUUGGGAAACUUUAAAAAAUGAGUGCUCCUACAGUAACAAUUGCCCAGGGCACUUUAUCAGGAAAGGUUUUGGUUAAUGAAAAUGGAAAGGAGUAUCAUGGAUUUUGUGGAAUUCCAUAUGCUGCUGCUCCGGUUGGCAAAUUACGUUUCAGGCCUCCACAAAAACCAGAAUCAUGGAGUGGUGUUCGUCAAGCCACUGAACAAGGCAGUGAAUGUUCUUCAAAACAUAUGCUUUUGCAACACCCUAUAGGAACCGAGGACUGUCUCUUCGCAAAUGUCUACAUUCCCCAAACUGAUGCCAAAAAGCCUCUUCCUGUCAUGUUCUGGGUCCAUGGAGGAGAUUUUGUCAUGGGAUCAGGCAAUACUGACAUGUAUGGUCCUGAUUAUCUCAUGGACUACGAUGUCAUCCUGGUCACCUUCAACUAUCGUCUUGGAAUUUUAGGAUUCUUGAACUUAGAUUUGGAAGAAUGUCCUGGAAAUGUCGGACUUAUGGACCAGGUUGCUGCUCUGAAAUGGACAAAGCAAAACAUUGCCAAAUUUGGUGGUGAUCCAAACAACAUCACAAUUUUUGGAGAAUCUGCUGGUGGUGCAAGUGUACAUUAUUUAGUUUUAUCUGAUACUACUAGAGGUUUGUUCCAAAAAGCCAUUGCCCAAAGUGGAAGUGCUUUGAAUCCAUGGGCUUUCCAACGUCACCACCUUAAGAACGCCUUCAGAUUGUGUGAAGCUCUCGGACAUCCAACAACAGAUACCAAGGAUGCCCUAAAAUUUCUGCAAACAGUUCCUGUAGAUGACUUUGUAAAUAUUAAAAUACCACCACUAGUUGAUGGUCAAUUGGUAUCAGAUUUUGUGUUCGUGCCUUCACUGGAAAAAAGAUAUUCAUCCCAUGAACCAUUCUUAGCUGAGUUACCUGUGGACAAAAUGCUCAAAGGAGACUUUAACAAAGUACCUUUUAUGACUGGCAUAACCGAUGCCGAAGGCAUCCUGGCUUUCAUGGACUUUGCUAAAGAUCCUGCAGUCUUCGAUAAAUUCGAGAACGAUUUCGAAAGAUUCGUACCAACAGACUUGCAAUUGCCUUUAAGGUCUGAGGCUUCUGUAAAACUGGCUAAGGAGAUGAAGCAAUUCUAUUUCAGAGAUCAACCGGUAUCAGAAAAUACCAGAAAGGAAUUCGUGGAUGUCGUCACUGAUUGCUGGUUUGUAAGAGGAGUAAACGAUCAUGUAAAAUUAAUGAGUGCCAAGACAACUGAACCAAUUUAUUACUACGAGUACAAUUUUGAUGAAUAUGGUUUCUUGAAAAAUCUGGUCGGUAUUCAGGAUGUAAAAGGAGCUUGUCAUGCUGAUGAAUUGGGAUAUUUAUUCAAAAAUGAGUUGUCACAGUUUCCAAAGGAAUUGGAGAGUGCGGUGGUGACGCAGAAGAGGUUGUUGAGUUUGUGGACGAAUUUUGCCAAAACCGGGAAUCCUACUCCAUCAACAAGCAAUUUGUUACCAGUCAAGUGGUUACCAGCUACCAAGGACCAGCUGGUUUAUUUGUCGAUUGGUAAAAAUUUAGAAAUAAAAGUUAAUCCAAUGAAAGAACGUAUACAAUUUUGGGAACGAGCCACCAAGAAAGAUUAUUUGUCACGAUUGUAAUGGAAUAUUUUUAAGGAAAAUUACCUACGGAACAAAUACUACUUUAUCAGUAAGUUAUGUAUUUCAACUAUUUAAAACCUUGCCAUCUUGAAUUACUAAUGAUUUGAUAACUUUUUGAAUUUUUACGAUUUUAAUAUUAUAGUAAAUAUAAAUAUGAAUUGUUGUUUUU